GUCGUCGUGGUAGGAUCGCGCGGCUGCCGUUUUCCUACGCGAGUGCCGCGCGCGCGUCACUUCUUUCUCCCGACUCUCGUCAUUCCGUGAGCGAGCGCGCGCGCGCGCGCGCGCCGUAUGCUCCAGCAGUAAAAUAAUAUUUGGAGAAAUCAGCUCCACUUGUGUCUGCCUGUGCGUAAACGCGAAUUCGGUGGUACAUACCAGUACACACCUACACGCCCACCGCGUACGCUCCAUGUGCGCGCGCCGCGCCGUAUGUAAACGCUGCCCGAUGUUUACGGAUCUGAUGUAGUGUUCUCGUCAUUCUCGAUCGCUCACUCGUGUUCUUCGCGCGUACACGCGCGCCUCUGUCCGGCAGCACGGCAAAGUGACUACCGACCGACGAACUGGUUCUAUCGUCGUGGAAUCGAGCGUGUUUUAUCAUCCGGCGUGUUUAGAAUCGAGCGGGCCGGCCGGGGCGUUUUUAUCAGGACACGAGAGGGACAAUGGAUUAAUUCUCGCCAGGGUGCGAGAGCAGCUACCAGGCUGCGACUGGCUCGGUCUAAGUUAUAAGCGGAGUGGAGCACAGCGGCCGGGAGUAAACGAUAAAUCAAGACUGCCAUUAUGCCAGCCAAGCAGCCAUGAGUCGAACAUCCUCGAGUGUAAGACCCGCGCGACGGACCAAGUUAUUUCCUACGCGAACAAUGACGAGUCUGUUAACGUUACUUGCGUUCGCCGCGACGUUUUCGAAUGUAUUACCGGAAUCAGCGAUAAAUCCGGUGGGUAGUAUCGUCGGCUCAGGAUCAGGAGUUUCAUCCUCGUCCGGCAGUUCCUCAUCCUCGUCGUCAUCGUCGGUGAUCGGCGUGGUGUCCGACAGUUCCAGUUCCAACGGCAACGGGGUUGGCGGUGUUGGAAGCGGUAACGGCGUUGGAGGUGUCAGCGGUAGUGUCGGUGGUAGCCAUUCCGUUAUAAAUGGAGGAGGUGGUGGUGGCAGCCAUUCCGGUAUCGGAGGCAGCAACGCCGGCAACGGGAAGGGUCGAUGCGAAGAGAUCACGAUUCCUAUGUGCCGCGGUAUCGGCUACAAUCUUACCGCCAUGCCGAAUGAAUUGAAUCACGACACGCAGGAUGAGGCCGGCUUGGAAGUGCACCAAUUUUGGCCGUUGGUAGAGAUCAAAUGUUCGGCGGAUCUCAAGUUCUUCUUGUGCUCCAUGUAUGCACCGAUCUGCCUGCCGGAGUACACGAAACCACUGCCAGCGUGUCGCAGCGUGUGCGAGCGGGCGCGAACUGGAUGCGCGCCUCUGAUGCAACAAUACGGCUUCUCGUGGCCGGAGAGAAUGGCGUGCGAGCGUCUGCCGUAUCACGGUGAUCCGGAGAACCUGUGCAUGGAGCAGGAUAAUCACACCAGCACUAGUAACACAGGUCCUGGUGGUGGUAGUAACGGCGGCGCGGUGAGCAGCGGUGUCCCAGGACCACCAGGGCCGCCAGCGCGACCAACGCGACCCAGCAAGACCUCGCAACCGGCCCGCUGUAAGCCGGGCAAGAAUCAAAAAAACUGCCAGCACCCCCCGGGGGAGAGGACGAGGGAUUGCGCAUGCAGAUGCAGAGCGCCCCUCGUGCCCCUGGGGGCGGCGGGUGGUUCGGGGAUGUCAGGAGCGAUAAGCGCCGUCAGCAGCAGCGUCAUCGGGGGGACCGGCAACACCGGGGGGGCCAGCGCGGGGGGGGCUGGUCUGGCCGGCAUAGCCGUAAGUGGGAUAAUGCCGGCGCCGGCACCGCCGUCGAUGGGAGGUAUCGGCCGAAGUAUCAUUCAGGAGAUCGCGGGGGUGCAGAACUGUGCUCUACCGUGCCGCGGCGCGUUCCUCACCAACGAAGAACGCGAGUUCGCGGCCGUCUGGCUGGCGCUCUGGAGCGGCCUGUGCGCCGCCAGCACUCUCGUGACCGUCAUCACAUUCUUAAUCGACACCCAGCGUUUCAAAUAUCCUGAGCGACCGAUCGUCUUCCUCUCGGCCUGCUACUUCGUCGUAUCCCUGGGGUACUUGUCGCGGAGCGUGUUCGGCCACGAGGAAAUCGCCUGCGACGGUCCGGCUUUGAAAUCGGGCGCUCAGGGUCCGGGCGCCUGUGUCACCGUUUUCCUCCUGAUCUACUUCUUCGGCAUGGCUUCGUCAGUGUGGUGGGUGAUCCUGGCAUUCACAUGGUUCCUCGCGGCAGGUUUGAAGUGGGGCAACGAGGCGAUAGCAUCGUAUUCGCAAUAUUUCCACCUAGUGGCGUGGCUGGCCCCGACUGUGCAAACGGUUUGGGCGUAUGUCGCGGGUGGCGUCGCCGGUGAUCCGGUAGCGGGAGUUUGCACAGUUGCUCCCGAGGGGGUGCGCAAUUUCAUCCUGGCACCUCUGUUCGUCUACCUUCUGCUGGGCACGACUUUCCUUCUCGCCGGUUUCGUCAGCCUCUUCCGAAUUCGAUCGGUGAUCAAACGCCAGCCUGGAGCCAAGGCGGACAAAUUGGAAAAACUGAUGAUACGGAUCGGCGUGUUUAGCGUUCUCUACACGUUGCCAGCUAGCGUGGUGUUAGGCUGUCAUAUGUACGAGUCAGCUCUACGGGACGAGUGGCUGAGUUCUCUAGCCUGUCCCUGUCAUCCACGGACGAGACCGCUGUACUCCAUCCUAAUGCUGAAAUAUUUCAUGGCUCUCGCAGUCGGCAUUACCUCAGGAGUCUGGAUCUGGAGCGGCAAGACGGUCGAUUCUUGGAAACGACUAUGGAGGCGUUUGUUCGGCGGCGAUCGCAGCCACAUGGGCGCCGGUGCCGGGAUGGUGGCCGGUGUAACCGGCGUCGGCAGCGGUAUCGGCAGCAGUAUCGGUAUCAAAGGAGGUAUCGUGGGCCGAGGGAUCGCGAUGCCGUAUCCAUCGGCGCCGGGUCCGGGCAGCGCUCUGCUGCCCCCGGGAAGCGUCGCCAGCGCGUCCCAGCAUCACCUACAUCACCACGUACUCAAGCAGCCCCCGCUCUCGCACGUAUGACGUCACCAGUCUGCGGGGGGCGACAUGAAUACCGCUGGAUGCGCCGAGCAAUCGCAGCAGCAAGAGAGGCCUUCCGCCCUCAGCAAUUACGGGCCCAUCUAGCCCUUCGCCUCGGCCUCGCGCAGGCACAACGCGACGCCGCACCCGGCGCCGCAUACGGCGCCGCACACGCCCCAUUCGGCGGCGACCAUCUACUCCAGGAGGUCGCUCGCGUCCACGACGGGGCCGCUGACGCCGGCGCAUGGCAUCGCGCCUUCCUACACGCAAGCUACCGAAGUAUGAAAGAUAUCACACGCGGUGUGUGUGUAUAUGUGUGUGUGUGUGUGUGUGUGUGUGGAGGUGCGCAUAAGGCAAUGAACGAUUCAGCGGCCCGACGUGGCGGGGUUUAAUGUCAACCGGGGGGCGCAUGCUUUGCGCGAUGGACGAUGAGCGGCCGCGGUGCUUCUUGAUUACCCGAUAUACGUAUUAGCCUGUACGUGUCUUCUUCCGCGAAGGAAUCUCAAGGAAUCCUCUCUUCAGUUCGGAUCGGCGAUUUCUUCGGCGCCUUCAUCUUGCCAGUCGAAUCGAAGAAAUGUGUGCCCUACGAAAAAGUUGAAUUUUGAUUGAUGGAACGAAGCGAUGCAUUUUGAUAUUAUCGAUGAUUAGGGAGGAUCACUCGAGUGUCGCGGUAUAGUGAAAUUGUGAUUAGAAGGAAGAUUCAAUGAGUGGUACGCAAGAAUGUUGUAUGUGCGUGCAUACGAUGAACGGUGAACGAUGUCGAUUGAUUUCUCUAUCUCUAUCCAUAUCUAUCUGUCUCUCUCUAAUCUUUCUUACAUUCUUGUAAGGCGGUGCUCGUAAAGCCCGUCAACGUGUCCGUCUAACGUGUAUCGUCUCGUCUAUUUAUCUAAUCUAGCCAUUAAAGAGCCAUGUUGGGGGAUGCACACACGAAUACGCGAUGCGUACGCGAAAAAAGCGGCAGCCUACUUUGUUUCCCUUCCCUUGCCUACCCUUUCCCAGAAGAGAGAAAAACUGCCAUGAUCUCUCGAUAUCGCGAGCUGAAAGCUAUCCCUCUUCUUGUAACUAAUUCUUUAUCACUGCCACCCUUCACGAUCGAAGGGUCGCGAAAUCGUGAAAGUAGCUUCAACUGAAAGUAGGCCGCCACCGCAAUAGAUGCAAUGAAG